AGAAAUUUGAGUAAAUAAAAUCAUGUGAUUACGACAGAAAAUCUCAUUGGCUGACUGUGUCUUUGAUCAGUUGUCAAUUGACCCCCCCUGGGGGUCUAUUCUCGAGUUUCGUGUGAAUUUAGUUUGUACAGUGCGCGUAUCCUCGUCAUAAUAUAGAAGUAAAAACUGGACUCAAGGUGACAAUAAAAAUGACAUUUAUUUUGAGACGUUGGAUGUGGAAGCACAUGAUAAAAAGGACACUUUUACCUGUGAAUAAGUUAACGAUAACACCAAAUUACAAAAUUCAUACAUCGAAAUAUUGCUUUCACGGUGAAUAUGAAAUGCAAGAUCCAAAGUCAGAAGCUGAGGUUGUAAAUGUAACAUUUAUUGACAAAACAGGAAAAAGAAUUCCUGUAAGGGGAAAAGUGGGAGAUAAUGCAUUAUAUUUGGCUCAUAGAUAUGGAAUUGAAAUGGAAGGUGCUUGCGAAGCUUCUCUUGCAUGUACCACUUGUCAUGUAUAUGUGCAUCAUGAUUAUAUAGACAAACUUUCAAUAGCCGAAGAAAAAGAAGAAGAUUUGUUAGAUUUAGCACCUUUUUUGAAAGAAAAUUCAAGAUUAGGUUGCCAAAUAAUACUAACAAAAGAUUUAGAUGGCAUAGAAUUGGAGCUACCACAAGCAACAAGGAAUUUCUAUGUAGAUGGUCAUACACCAACUCCACAUUAGUGUAUCUUUUGCUUUGUAUAUAAGUUAUACCAGUAACUAACAUCUGUACAUAUUUUGUUUAUACAAUUAGUAAAAUACGUGUAUUUUAUAAUAUAUAAAUCGAAUUUUACGUACUUUAAUGUUUUUAAUAAACAAUAAUAUAAGAAAACAUUAUAUUUUCAGAAAGUACUUUAAUAUAUUUCAUAAACUUUCAGAGCAACAAACUUGAUUUAUAUGACAUUUCAUCAUGGUACAAUAUAUUUAUUUCUUAUACAUUUGGAUUAUGAUACAUAUCUUUAAUUACAAUGAUACAGGAUUUAAACAUUUAUGAUAUAAUGAAUCUGUGAAUUAAAAUCGUAAUCAUUAACCUUGCAGCAUUUACAUUAUCAGUGAAAAUACCCUAUAAGUUUUUUUGUUAACUGUUCACGCUUGAGCGCUGCCAAUAAUGUGGUACACAUUUUGUACUCUUGGCAGGCACCUUUAUGUAUUUUCUCAGUUUGACUAUUUUCACAAUAGCUUUGUGUAUACAUAUUUUUUAAAUGUGCAUAAGUUUCCACGUUCAUCAGUUCGUAUACGCGUACGCAACUUGCAUGUUGAUUUAUGCAUAUACAUCUGUCUCUGUGUCGAUAAUUAUUAUCAUCAAAAUUGUCAUAAUUAUUAUCGUACAAACUACAUUCAUUGAUCACUAUAAUUAUAGACACGUUAUAACAUCUCAAAUCAAUCACACCCUGCACUCAUACUUGGUAAUUAAAAGAAUUUAAAUAGAAACACAUUCAUUCUGCCAUACAAUGUUGUACAAAACUACACUUGCGAAGAUGAUUACAUGUGUAUUUCUCAUUUGGUAUGAGUCAUCACAACAGACUUAUUGAAAAAAUAACUUUUGUACUUAUUUGUAAUUAAGAAAAGAUCAUGAUAUUUAAUCAAAUAUCAUACAAAUAGAAACUGCAAUUAAAAUUAUCAAUGGAAUACUUUAAAUCGACAAAGAUGAUUUGUUUAAUAUCGAAAUUAAACUAUUAAUUUCUAUGGCGGUAAACAAGUUAAUAUUUACAUAGUUGACAAAUUUAAAGUUUUAUAAAUCUUCAUAGAAUUUUUGUAAUAAAAAUAUUUCUUGAUUCGCAUCAAGUGUACAAUGUAUGUUUAUUGAAUUGUACAUUACAUGUAUAGCGAGUCCAAUUAUAUAAUUUUUGCGCAAUGUACCCCUAAGCUCAUUCAAUAAAAGUGCAAAUAUAAUCAUUAUCAAAAUGAAAGUCUAAUUAAUAUUGUUCUGUUGAAAGCAAUUUUAUAACUCAGUGUAUCUCAUAUAUCCAUUGAAUAUACUGGCAUUCGUUUUUUAAUCUAGUAAAACAUUGCAUUCUCUAUGAUAUACUAAAAAUCACUUAUAGAAACUGAAGUUCUGUUAAAUUAAUUACAGUUAAAAAUAUAGAAAAUAAAUGUAGCUGUAAAAAUAACAUUAUAUUCACAUUACUCUCCUAACAUAAAAAAUAGUGUGACAUACCUGUGUGUACAUAUAAAUACUGUAUUACCUGUUGAAUAUAUAAAUUGUAAAAAAAGAAUAUAGUAUUGGAUAUAAUAAUAUUUAUCUAAAAAAAAGCCAUCGCAUCUUUAUUUUGUGCAAAUUUCAUAGAGUAUUAUUUAUAAUUGAUCUGAAAAUGAACAAAUAUAAAUAUAUGUAUAUUUAGAUUGUAAAAGACAAAAUCUUUU